CUUGUGGAUGAAGUAAACUUAGCUACACCGGAAUGUCUGGAUUCUUUGGUGCAUUUGAUCGAAGAUCAGGGAAGCACGCAUCCGAAUUUUCGCUUAUUUGCGUGCAUGAAUCCUCCCGGUGAUGUUGGCAAACGGAAUUUACCGCCUGGCAUAAGAAAUAAAUUCACAGAAAUUUUUGUGCGAGAGACAACGGAUUUGGAGCAGUUGCAUACAAUUGCACAAGCCUAUCUACCGGGCACCGAUGCUGCAAAAAUAUUCACUGUUUUAAAUAUUUAUGAAACUCUUCGUGCUAAAUUACCAGGAAAAUACAGUGUAUGA